UAAAUUCAAAUUAAUAUACGUAAACAGAGCUAAAUGAGAAAUAUUGUACGUAUUUUCUUUUUUAUAUAAAGUAUAUUUAAAGUACAGUACCUUUAUGUUAUUGUUAUGAACGAAUUUCAAAGUAGAUAACACAAGAUUCAUAAUAUUCGCUCCCGACGUUGAAGUUUAUCUGUAAAUAAAUUUGGACACUGGCCAGUUCUUUUGUCAUCAUGACUACUUUGCAAUCAAAUGCUUGUCAAAGUAAUGACACAAAUCACUUAUUUCCUAUGGCAAUUGAUUCAUUAAGAUUUCCUUUAGAUACAGCUAUGCGCAUUGUAUUUACUGGUCAUUUUAAUGGAUUUAGUGUAGCUGUGAAUUCAGAAGAUGAAAUGGCUCUUUUACAUCAAAUGGGUUGUUUUGGUAAAGGUUCUUUUUCCCGUUCAAAACCAAGAACUCACCAACAUGGCAUGCACAUCAUGCGGAGAAGGCAAUUUGUCAAGAGGAAUUAUUGGCAUAAAAAGUUUACUAGUACAAUGGACAGAUCUGAAACUGAUUUAUUUUUAAGUGAAGCUAAGGAAAUAAUGUUAAAGAUUAAAAAUGAUAGUAAAAAGAAAGAUGUUAUAGACUUGGUGUCCAGUGACGAAGAAAUAGGUGAGGAGACAGAUGAUGUAUCUGUACAGGAGGCUUAUAAUUUGAAUGCAGAAAAAGAUAUGGUUGUGAUUGUACCCAACAGUGAUUCAGAGGAUGAUGAUUAUUUUGCCAAAUUAAAACCAAAAUGUUGUGUAAAUAAAACUAUAAUACCUGAAAAGUUGAUGUUGACUUUGCAGGAAGCAUUUUUCUUAUCAUAUGGUUUGGGGUGUUUGCAAGUAGUAAAUGAAGACAAGUUGUUGAGCAUUCAGCAAUGUUGGCAAUUAUUUUUGGAAACUGACAAAAACUUUACUUCAAAAUAUGUUGUUUAUCAUUACUAUAGAUCUAAAGGAUAUGUUGUUAAACCAGCUAUCAAAUUUGGUGGAGAUUAUUUAAUAUAUAAAGAAGGACCAGAUGUGGCUCAUGCAGAUUAUAUAGUUGUGAUAAGAAACCUUACUGAAGUCUUUGACUGGGUUCCACUCCUUGGUCAUAUCAGGAUGGCAAACACAACAGUAAAGGAGAUUAUACUUGCAGAAGUUGUGAAGCAAAAUGAAGAUGUGCCACUUCCAGAGGGUCUUAAUAAAUAUAGUGUGCAUGAGUUAUUGUUCACAAGAAAUAUUCCCAUGACAAUAAAUGAUGAGAUUGAUUGA